GCAAGAGUAGUGAACAUUUCUGAAUCAUGUGCAAACUGUCUGUCUUUUUCAUUGUUCUUUCCUUUUACACCAUAGUCAACGCAGGAGAAACACCUGUCUCCGGGUUACAUCUUCAAACUAAUGGAAACUGUGGUAUGGCAUUCCUGACAGGGAGACGCGUCCAUCAUGCAUGAUGAUGUAUGCAGGUAAGAUAGUCUAGCGUUAGCUAGCUACAUUUUCAGAUAUUACAUAUUUCUAAUUUUGACAGAAAGUGGUUUCAUUUCAAGCAAAAGUGUACUGUUAGCUAGCUAACUUCAACUGGCUGGCUCCCUGGCGGAGGUUAUUAUUAGUUUCCCAGAACUGUUUGCUUUUCUAGUUAGAGCCUAUGUUAGACAUUGUUGGCACUUUGUUCGUUGUUUUUUAACUAGCUAAUGUUAGCUGGCUGGCUCGUUAGCUAACGUUACGUGACGUGUGUACAACACCCUUCGAAUAUGGCCGGUGUCAGUAAACGUCUGCAACAAAAGUGUAAUGAAAUUGUUGCCAGAAGAGCUGGUUAGGCUGUUUUCAUGGUAUCCAGAGGAAAAAAAAAGUCGGCCAGAGCGUCAAGUGUGGGCUCCGAGAGCGAAAUGAGACGGGUGGGUCUUACAUGUUGUGUCACGACUUCGGUUCCUCUCCUUGUUCGGGCAGCCCUCGCCGGUCGGCGUCGCCGGUCUUCUAGCCAUCAUCGAUCCAUUUUUCAUUUUACAUUUGUUUUGUCUUGUUUUCUCACACACCUGGUCUCAAUAUCCCUCAUUACAUGUUGUGUAUUUAACCCUCUGUUCCCCCCAUGUCUUUGUGCGGAAUUGUUUAUUGUAAGUGCAUGUGCAUGUUUUCUCUGAUGCGCGACGGGUUUUGUACCCAUUUAUUUAUUUUUUUCCGGUGGUUUUAUGAAUAAAACUGCUCUAUUGAUUACCCAGUUUUGCUCUCCUGUGUCUGACUUCCCUGCCGCCAGUUACGCACUCCCUUACAAGUUGAUCAACUUUCAAAGCAAAAUUACUUUCCCAUUGUUCCUCAAAUGCAGUGUAUGAUAUGCCAUUUUGUAGCUCUGAGUCUCUACUUUUACCCAAUGUAAAAAACAUUGCUACUUAAGACAAAAUCCAGGUGGUGAGUCACAACUGUAGUUAUUGACAUAGUAUUGCUCUGUUCAAUAUUCUCUACAUAGAUAGUACUCUAAAUGCUCCAAUUCAUGUUGUUGAGUUGAAAAGAAUUCAAGAUCAAUUUGCUGACACCAGGCAUCUGCACAGAUCGGGCUCUACCUGUGCAGAGCACUUGCCCCUUUCUCUUCCUGUCUCCAAAGUGUCCUGCCCUUUUGGGUGGCAAUAAUAUCCCCACAUUUUUGUGGGGUUUGUAGAAAUGUGUUGUCAUUGUUGUUCGGUCAUUGUUGUUCGGACCCACUGUCCGCAAGUCGUCAAGUUUAUCCCCCCUCACCCCCUACCCCUUCCAUUGGUUGCACCUGUUGACAUGCCCUGUACAGAGCUUGCACACAUCCCUGGUUGUACAUUUUUCCCCCCAGUCUGCCCUGCACAGAAAUGGCGCGCCCAGUAUCCAAAUGUGCAUGACCUGAUAGAUGCGGUCACCGGUCAAGGAUGUGUAGCCAACUACCUAGUUCAAAUAUCAACAGUACUGCCACAGCAGCAUAACAUUUAAUUAUCAUUGAUAACACUUAAUUUAGCCUACAUCAUUAUCAAUAUUCAGUCUGAUUGGCUGAUACAGCAGAGAGAGAGGCAUAAAGACAUAGAGGUAAAUCACAAUCAGUGUAAAAUAGAGUUUUUGAUUUACAUCAAUGAUCAGCUGAUAGCCCAACCUCUUUUCCCAAUCAUGUCUUUUGGAGGCACUAACUAGCUUGGAGGCACUAACAAGCUUGCUAGCUCACUGAUAGUGAGUGAGUAUUGUUUUUUACAUUUUGAACGCUUUGUUCCCCCUGAAAAGUCUGUGCACGGCCCUGCCUGGCACCAUGCAAACCAAUGAGUGUUUAGAACUUUAAAGCCAAUUAUCUCAAAAUCAUAUUUUUGCAGAUAAAACCUUAUUGUCCCAAGCUCUCAAUGUCCAUAACUGUGGAUAAUAUCACUCCUCUUUCAGGUUUAGGAUCACAUUCUCUGUGGGCACUUGCAACACACAUCAUCGGAGAGACACCUUUCCCUGAGUUUACAGUUGUGUUGAUGUUAGAUGAUGUUCAAGUGGGUCUCUAUGACUCCAACAUGAAAGCAUUUAUCUCCAGUGGACUUAACCCAACGGACAAAAUACAUGAUGACCUAGCUCAGGACGGAGGUUAUGUAUUUGGAACUAUGUACCAGAGCAUUAAAGAGAGAUCCUUUCAGCUAAAACACCACUUAAAUCUCACAAGAGGUGUUCAAGUUCAGCAAAGAAUGGCUGGCUGUGAGAUGUUAGACAAUGGUGAACCAGCCAUGAUCAUGUCAAAGAACACUUUCAAUGCCAUUCAUACAGAUCGAACGUUAUAUUACAACAUGACACAUCUUACAUAUGAUGCUGGGAAACUACUACCAGGAUGGGAUGCGAUGAGGAAAGAAUAUCUUAGAAUACUUUUUGAAAAAGUUUUCCUUCCCAUUUGCAUCAAAACAAUGAAGACAAUCCUGAAGAGAGAGAAGAACGUUGUGAUGCGUAAAGUUCCUCCCAGACUCAGGUUGAUAAAGAAAGAGGUCUCUGGAGGGUUCCAGUUAAGCUGCUUGGCGUUUGGUUUCUACCCUCGCCACAUCAACAUGACCCUGCUGAGAGACGGCCAGCCAGUGGCAGAACAGGAGCUGACAGGGGGGGAGGUUCUGCCUAGCGGAGAUGGGAACUACCAGCUGAGGAAGAGUCUGGAGGUCAGUACUGAGGAGCUAAAGAAGAGACACUACACCUGUACUGCCUCUCACCUCAGUCUGGACAACAAGCUGGAUUUCAGUUGGGAGUCUGGGGCAGAGAGAGUUCACCUAUCCACCCUCUCAGCUCUACUGGUGAUGCUGCUGGUUGUUAUUCUAUUCAGCAUUUUCAUUUGUGUCAAAAGGUGGAGAUGCACCGCAUCACAGGCAUUGGUCACAAGUUGCCAACAUGGAGGACAUUAACCUGUCUUCAGAUUCUGUAACAUAAUGGACAGAUCAUAAUUUACUGGGGGAGGAUUGGUCCAAAAUAAGGGAGGCUUUGUCAAUCUUAUUUUUUGUGUGUGUUUUUUUUUGCUUUGGGGAGGGUUGUGUGUUUUAUUUUAUUUUAUUGGGCACAGGGGAGGGUAAUGUGUU